UAAGGUAACGGGAAGCGCCGCCGGCCAUGGAGGAUAAACAAGAAGAAAAAUGGGAAACCCUCCCCCUUUAGGUAGAGAUAUCGCCUUGUCGAAACCCUUCGCGUCGCCUUUGAUCGAUUGAUCGAGAGGAGAGGCUGCUUCAGCGAGCGCUGUUCCAGGUCGGAUCCUUUGAUUCUCGUACUUCCCUCCUCUUUUCCAUCCGAACUUCUCAUCAAAGCUUCCAUCUUUGAGCGUUUUCGCUCCCCAAAAAUUCGAUCUUUGCGCUUUUCCAGGGUUCCGACAAUCCGAUUUUGCUAGGGCUUUUGUCCGAUCAUUUUUGUUGGUCGGUCUUUCUCGCUGUAUCCGUCUGUCGAUAUUUUUGAUUCGGCGGGAUUAGGAGCAUUAGGGUUUCGAGAUCAGUUUGGUUCUCGCUGCUUUAAUCUUAGCCCUCGUCGUGGGGUGUCAGUAUUUUCCUUUACGUCCACUCGAGCCGUCGGUGGUGGCGCCGCCCCGUAUCCCCCGCCCUGUUCCGUUCUUCUUUGUGGCGAAGAAGAAACAGUGUGAAAGAAAAGAAAGUUGAGAGAUGGCCACUGCAGCAGCUCAACCCUUUAAAGGAAAUUUGAAGAAAGCACUUGCUGGCCUGAGAAGAAUCAAUUUAGAGGGCCUGCGUUGGCGGGUAUUUGAUGCGAAAGGACAGGUACUUGGGAGACUUGCAUCACAAAUAGCAACUGUGGUUCAAGGAAAGGAUAAACCAACAUACACGCCAAACCGUGAUGAUGGAGAUAUGUGUGUUGUGCUUAAUGCAAAAGAUGUUUGUGUCACAGGGAGAAAAAUGACUGACAAAUUUUAUCAUUGGCAUACUGGGUAUAUUGGCCACCUGAAGGAAAGAAGCUUGAAGGACCAGAUGGUGAAGGAUCCAACUGAAGUGAUUCGCAAAGCUGUCUUACGUAUGCUUCCUCGAAAUAAAUUGCGUGAUGACCGAGAUCGCAAACUAAGGAUAUUUCCAGGAAGUGAGCAUCCUUUUGUUGAUCGUCCUCUGGAGCAAUAUGUGAUGCCCCCUCGGAAGGUACGUGAGAUGCGACCCCGCGCAAGGCGUGCACUUAUACGAGCUCAGAAGAAGACAGAUCAGAAAAACACAAACACCAAGACACAAAAGGAAGACAAAGGCCAGAUCAGCACAUGAUAUGUCCAGUUCUCCAUUAAGGAUUUUGGAUCUUCCAUGUUAAGAAGAAACUAAACAUAGUACUUGGAUUUGAGUCCAACAGUCAGGAAUCUACAUUUCAUAGACGGUUGGGUUAUGCAUAGUGUAGUUGAGAUUUUGUUAGCAGCAUAAUGCCCGAAUAGAAUGUGACUGAUGCAUUCUUUUCAGUUCAUUUGGUUUGGAGAUGUAAUUUUUCUAUGCCAAACAUCCUUGUGACUUCCUCCUCUGUUCUAAUUAAACUCUGGAAUCAAAUACUGACCAAACAAAGCCGGUAAUGAUCCUAUU